AUGGUGCUCAAAGUCCUUGCAGCGGCAGUCAAUGCCGUGCUCCCAUCCAAAUACUACGUGCACGCAUUCAUUUCUAUCCUUGCCAUUGUAGUGGUUCGCGCAUUUUCACAAGGGCGCACGACGAACCGUGAACGGGAUAUGCAUGCCAGGGUAGUCCUCCUCACAGGAGGGUUCACUCCGUUAGGCCUGACGCUCAUCCAGAACCUUGCUCAGCGAGGCGCACAUAUCAUUGCUCUCUCACCCAAGCCAGUCCAAGAUCCUGAAGUAGAUAUUCUCAUCAACCUCUUGCGAUCAACCACCAAGAACGACCAGAUAUUCGCAGACGAAUGUGAUUUGACAUCUGCGUCUUCUGUCCGUUCCUUCUGCUCCCGCUUCCUCACAGCAAAGGAGAAUAGACUGGAUGCUAUCAUAUUCGCACAUGAGUAUCAACAGCUAGGCUCUAUGAUCGGUCGCCAGGAUCCUGCUGUACUAACCCAGGAGAGACAAAACGUUUCAUUAGCAUCAUUCUUAAUUCUCACCCUUCUCCUUCCCGUCCUCCUCGUCGCACCCGCCGAACGUGAUAUACGCAUCAUCAACGUCAUCAACCCUUUCUACGCCGCCGCCGCACCUUCUUAUUCCCCAACCUUCACGCCACCUCUAACAUCUUCACUUUUUCACCAAGAGGGCAGGCGCUCGCUUCAAAUGGUCAUUUUCACCCGCCACCUCCAGCGUGUCCUCGAUGCACUGCCAUCAGGCGGGCAAAUACCGAAAACAGACGACUCCACCAUCCACGUCGUCAGCGACAAGGUGCAAAAGUCCAACAUCGUCGCUGUAUCCGUGUGUCCCGGGCUCUCUAGAUCAGAUACCAUCGCACCGCUAUUAAAUGCAGUUCGGGGACGGAAUCAAUCCAUGUUCGGCAUUGUUCUGUACAUGCUCCUCCAGCCUUUCCUCCGUCUUCUCACAAAAUCAACGACAUCUGCUACGCAAUCCGUGCUGCACGUCCUUUUUCUCCCAACGCCUUUCAAGAGCAAUGCUCGCCAAGGCGCAGAUGCUCCAGAAGAAGUGCUGAAAGCAGGCGCGCUCUACCGCGAGUGUGCGGUUGUCAACCUCCGGAUACCGAGCCCUGUAACGGCUGAUACUGCUGACGCGCAGGUGCCGGAUGAUGGGGAAUUGGGGGGCGUGCAUCUUGGUCAGGCGGUGUGGGAGGGCCUUGAGAGUGCGUUGAAGGAGUGGGAGAAAGUGGACCCAAAAGGCGAUGAGAAGGCUGGGUGCGAUGAUGGACUGUCGGUUGAUACCCCGAGCAGUUAG